AGCGGAGCGUAACACAUGCUCUCAGCGGGCAGUUUUAGCCAGUUGAUAUUGGCCCGUUGGAAUGGCAAGAUAAAUGCGAAGCUGCGGAGAGCAAUCCAAAACAAAGAUAAGAGCACAAAUAGUGUGUGGAAAAAACAAUAGGCAAAUGUUAUUAGAUAAUAAUGGACGCAGAACAGCAACCAGAUCGAACAAGCAACAAAUGUGACAGCGACAAAUGCCAGAAAAUAAAGAGAUUUGUUAUCAUCGGAUUACUGAUCACCAUUGGCAUUUUGAGUUGGCAUUUCUAUGAGUAUUUCCAUAGCAAGCCACUGCCCAAAACGCCAGACGAUGUGCUGAAUUUGUCACAGGCGCUCUUCGAUGAGGAAGCGAUCACCAAUCCGUAUCUCUACAAAGUGAAUCUCCAAGGCAAGACUAAAUCUGGAGCUCACGAUGAUCGGGCAUCCCAGCCUCUGUUUGAGCUGCACAACGAUCUGCUCGUGCAACACAGCAACUCGACAACGGCUCUCUUGCAGCGCCUCUUCAACAACUAUGAGCUGGAUGUCGCCGUCCCAGAUCACAUUACACCGGAGCACGAACAGGAGCAACUCGAGUUUCUGCGUGCCGUGAUGAAUACACGUGUCAUGAAACUUUCAAUGCUAUUCCUGGUCAAAAGAGGCAUCGUGACUGGCGACUAUGAUGCACAGCUCAAGUUGCUGCAGGAGCUCUGGUUCACACCGUAUUCACGGGGAAGAGGUAUUGUGGGCAGUUCCAGCUUCGAGCAUGUGUUUAUGGCUGAGCUGCGGGAUCAAAAGGUGCUCGGCAUGCACAAUUGGCUGUACUUUGCCGAGCAGGAGCAGCAGGGCCAUGUGGACUACAAGGGCUGGAUGAAUCGCGUGGACACGGGCCGGCAUCUGCAAUUUGCACUGGCUUUUCGCAUGAGUUUCUAUGGCAUAUCGAAACCCUUCAAUGGCUUCCUAGUGGGCACCUCACCGGAGCUGGAGAUGAGCCUAUACACGGUAUGCUUUCUGGUCAACGCCGAGAAGGAGCCAUGCGAAAUACAGCUGGGCGAGGCCAGACUCUCCAUUAUAUCGCAUGUCUGGCAAUGGAAGGGCAAGCGACUGAUAGCAUCCAGUUAUAUUGAAUUGCACAAUGAUUAAUUACUCACCGAAGUCCCCCAAUAAUUGAGACAAUUCUGCUGAAUGUUGAAAGUAAAAAAGAAACCAGUAUUUCAAUCAAUAUUCCAAUCACAGCGCUGUAACUCAACUCUAGCUUGCCUAGAAGUAAUUACAACGAUCCAUACUUGUAUUUUUAAAUUGCACAUUUUGUUAGACCUUCAUAGAUCUGAAGCACAUUGUUAAAGUGUUAAAGUAAUAUUUUGUGAAUAUUAAAUGGGCUGUUGUUGUCGGCUUAAGUGCGUGCCAACUUCAAUUUCUGUGGCUGUCAGUCAUUUUGCUCGCUUUCGGCCAAGUUCAGCUCGAGUUGAGCGUUUUUGACAGCUUUGCAUGGUAUUAAGACGUUUGCCGUUAUAUCAUCCACUUGCUUAUUAGUUUUAACGUUUAUGUUUAUCGAUUGCCUGCAGAAGAGUCUUGUGACCUCUAAGGUUUUACUUGUCAUUGAAACUUAAUACCUUUUUUUAUCUACAACGAACAAAAGCAAUUUGCUAUUAAAUAAUUAAGCAUUAUUUAUAACGCCAAACAUUGUCAGGCACUUUUCAACAUUGAUUAAUUGAAUUAUAAUUGAAAUUGUUUACGACUUUUUAUUUUCGCUUGCCAGCUAAAAUGAGUGGAAUCAAAGACUAUAGACACACCUAUCUAUAUCUCUAAAGUCUUUACUAGAAUCCAGUUAUGUUCAAUCUCCAAAAUCGGUCAAUUUUGAUUGGGUCAAAAAUUAAUAUCUGAAAUAUCUAAAUAAUUUCCAAAUUAUUUUUUUUUAAUUUUCUGCAUUGUCUCAGGUUUGGUUAGUCAAAUAAAAAGUGUUUGUUAAAACUUAAAAAUAUAUAGAAUUGUCAUAAAUAUAAGAAAUAAAUAUUUUAAUUUAAUCUGUAUGUUUAAGAAACUACAACUUUAACAGUAUGUUCAUAAAUAUGUUGAAUAAAUUCUAUAACUUUAACAUUA